ACUACUUACUCCAUUAAUUAAAGAGUGGCGUCUGCAUAUAAGAGAAAACAAUCAAAGUUAGUUAGCAAUGACUACACUUUGAAAGGUAAAAAAAACACGAUACUGAAUUGAAUUCUGUGAAAAAAAUUGAAUUUAAUUCAUGGAAUGGUCUUGGGGAUUUGUCUUUUGGUCUUUUACCGCUAUGUUGUUGUCAUUCUUGUUCCUCCAAUUCAACCGGCAAAGAUCGUCAAACAAUCUUUACCAGAAGCUGCCACCAGGGCCACGAGGGUGGCCCGUGUUUGGUAGCAUGUUUGAACUUGGCAACGAGCCACACAAGACACUAAUGUGUCUAAAACAAAAAUAUGGUCCAGUAGUUUGGCUAAAACUUGGUUCUAUUAACACUAUGGCGAUUCUCUCCGCGGAAGCCGCUGCAGAGUUAUUCAAGAACCAUGAUGUGGCUUUCGCGGAGAGAUCAGUAACCGAGGUGAUGAAAUCACACGGUUAUAAUAAAGGUUCCCUAGCUUUAGCUCCUUAUGGUACAUACUGGCGGAUCAUGAAACGAAUCAUGACUGUUCAAAUGUUAGUCAAUAAACGGAUCAAUGGAACUGUGGAGAUUCGGCGAAAAUGUAUCGAUGAUUUAAUCGAAUGGAUAGAAAACAGAGAAAUGAACUCCUCUGAUGGAAUUCACGUGGCGAAAUUCGUGUUCCUUGCUUCGUUUAACAUGCUAGGGAAACUACUGUUAUCGCGCGAAUUAGUUGACCCCAAAUCCGAUAAGGGGUCUGAAUUUUUCACGGCAAUGAUGGGAUUAAUGGAAUGUUCUGGAAAACAGAACGUUGUUGAUGUGUUUCCAUGGUUGAGAUGGCUUGAUCCUCAAGGUUUGAGGAGGAAGAUGGACCGCGGGCUAGGGAAGACGAUUGAAAUUGUUUCGGGGUUUUUGAAGGAGAGGUUUGAAGAAAGUGAAAGGACUGGAGAGAAGAAGAAGGAUUUCUUGGAAGUUUUGCUGGAAUAUGAAGGCAAGGGGAAGGAUGAACCAGAGAAAAUAUCAGAUCAAGAACUCAUCUUGAUUAUUCUGGAAAUAUUCUUUGCUGGUUCAGAGACAACCAGCAGUAGCAUAGAAUGGGCGGUGACUGAGCUGUUAUGCAACCCAGAAGCAAUGUACAAGGUUAAAUCCGAGUUGUCCGAUGUUGUUGGAGAUACUAAGAAAUUCAAUGAAGCUAACAUCGAUAGUCUCAAAUAUUUGCAAGCUGUUAUUAAAGAGACCUUAAGAUUGCACCCUCCAAUUCCAUUUUUAGUCCCAAGAAAGGCAAUUCAAGAAACUGAAUUUAUGGGGUAUCAUAUCCCCAAAGAUACACAAAUUUUCGUGAACGCUUGGGCAAUUGGAAGAGAUCCUAAAUGUUGGAAAGACCCUUUGGAUUUCAAGCCAGAAAGGUUCUUGGAAUCGAAUAUUGAAUACAGGGGUCAGAAUUUCGAGUUUAUUCCAUUUGGUGCUGGAAGAAGGAUUUGUGCUGGAAUUCCACUGGCUCAUCGGGUGUUGCAUCUGGUACUCGGAUCGUUGUUACAUGAAUUUGAUUGGGAGAUUGAUAUUUCUGUUCUAGACGAGGCUUUGGAUACACAGGACAGAAUGGGAGUGACUGUUAGAAAAUUAAAGCCAUUGAAAGCAAUUCCAAAGAAAAAAAACAAAACUCGAUGAUUUUAGAUUUCAGUUUUAAAAUAAAGUAACGAGUAAGAAAGGGCUUAGGUAAUACUACCCAUAUUUAUUACGUAACUAGUAAUCAUAAAUUAUCUUACCAAAAUUUGCAAACUAUUUUUUUAUAAUUUUUAUUUAUAUUUUAGAUUUCUA